UCCCCGCUGAAAGAGAAGCAUGGGGUCAUUCUAACAAACUAGAGCUUGAGGUCUUUCAGUAAUCCAAGAUGAGAGUAACUCAACCACUUUUAAAACAAAUUGCAAAGCCCUUUAAAAGGGCUUGGGCUGCCAAGUACCCAUACCAAGUGAAAGAGAUGCCAGAUAUACCAGACGAUAUUGAAAUCUCGGACCCAUUAAAGAAGACAGAGUGGAAUAGAAGAAAAGAUUUGGAACCUGCAUCUCAAUCUGUUGAUGAGAAGGAGCUUCCAGGCUAUAACACUCAGCCAGUAUGGGAAUUCACCAAUAUUAAUCGGUUUAUUGAAGGUAUAAAACAAGCACAGAAUCUGACAAAAACUGUGGUCUACAGUGGAAUGCCAGAGAGUGUGUCUGCUUUAAUGAAUGAAGUGGAACACCCUGACCAGAAUGACCUUCUGAAGAGGAUUAUCCUUCAGAGUCAGGUAUGGGAUCCAAGCCAACAAAAACUUCCCAGAAGGAUUGAUAAAUCCUGUAUCAAAUGGAAUUUCCAACGUGAAUAUGGUAUUCCUAGGAACAAAAGUAUUCACAUUCUUGGUACAAACAUGGUACGCCUGGCCAACAGUCUCAUUAAUGCACGUUAUCCUGCGGCUUUUAAGGACCAACAGCUUAUUAUCCAGCCGGCAUUUGAUGCAUUCUACACCUUCAUGGGUGAGAAAAUUGUGAUAAAGAGCACGUCAAACUACCUUCUAAUGGGACCCAAUCCACUGCCUCGAUUUACUGAUGAGGAUACAGUAAGGCGUACCAAUGAUGAGGUGAUACCAGAUAUGUACCCAAUCCUGCCAACAAUCGACUUCAAAUCAACCCACUUUUAUGAUUUAAUCAACAAUAUUGGUUUUAGAAGUAGCACAGAGUUUCAUCCACACAUAUUCAUAACAUCCAACUGUGAUUAUUGGAAUGAUGACUCACGACAAGCUAGGUCCAUGAUGUAUUGUUUGGCCCACACCAUUGCUGAGGCCCGACUAAGGUUUGGGAAAGAUGUGCAGACUCUCCCAGAGCCAAUCUGUGUACAGACUGCUAGUGUUGGUGAAACUGGUCUAAAUUUUGUGUUUUUCCAACUAAAUACUCUGGACUUUAGUUCACAAAGCGGAGUUAAAAAUCAAGCAUGGCUUGAUACCGGAAACAAUUUAUAUACAAAAAUUCUGUCGCAGCCAUGGAAUGGCGAAGAGUUUCUAAACCAUCAAUACACUGAUUUUACUGCGGAACCCUUCAGUAAAUUGCUGGCAGUGAUGCAGUAUGGCUUAAAUCCAUCUUAAUAUGGAGAUUGUGUGAUAUAAUGUGAUGUUUUAAAUAAAUAAUACAGACAUUU